CGGGUCGGGGGUCGUUCCGGGCAGCGCGGGGCCGCGGGGCGGGGCUCGCAGGCCGUCGGGGUGCAGGAGGCCUGGGCCGCCGCGAGGAGCCGCCGCAGGCCGCUGGGCCCCGCCGCCGGGCCGCUCGAUGACGACGCUCCCGCGGGGGCCCCGCCUGAGCAGGACGCGGCUGCGGUGGCUGCGAGGCCGCGGGAGGCCGCGGAGGAUGGAGGAGCGGAAGGAGGAGGGCGAGGCCGAGAUCCAGGAGCACGGGCCCGAGCACUGGUUCUCCAAGUGGGAGCGGCAGUGCCUGGCCGAGGUCGAGCAGGACGAGCAGUUGACCCCUGAGCUGCAGGAGGAGGCGGCGGCGGCCGCACAGCCCGAGCACAAGCAGCAGAAGCUGUGGCACCUCUUCCAGAACUCGGCCACCGCCGUGGCCCAGCUCUACAAAGACCGAGUGUGUCAGCAGCCAGGACUUUCUCUUUGGGUUCCCUUCCAAAAUGCAGCCACUGCCGUCACCAACCUUUACAAAGAAAGCGUGGAUACCCAUCAGCGAAGUUUUGAUAUUGGAAUUCAGGUUGGCUAUCAGCGACGCAAUAAAGAUGUGUUGGCUUGGGUUAAAAAGCGCAGAAGAACUAUUCGUAGAGAAGAUUUGAUCAGCUUCCUGUGUGGAAAAGUUCCUCCACCGCGAAACUCUAGAGCUCCCCCAAGACUGACUGUAGUGUCCCCUAACCGAGCUACUUCAACGGAAACUAGCUCAUCUGUAGAGACUGAUUUGCAACCCUUCCGGGAAGCCAUAGCUCUGCAUGGUAAAGCCGUUUAAACAUAUUUCUUUGGAAAAAUGGUUAAGAGUGUGCCUGUGGACCCAAUUUCACAUUUAGGUUUAGGUCCAGAUAUAUUGUCUGUUUUUUUGUCUAUUCUAGUUACUACUUGCUCUAGAAAUGUUUAAAUAGAAUGUAAGCUAAGAACUUAUAUGGGCAAUUUUUGAAUGUUAGCCAGCCUGUCCUAAAAAAAAAUGUUUUUAGAAAGUUGGUUUGAGCUGAUUGGUGUUACAAUAACAGCAUUUUUUGCAACAUUUAUUAGAAUUUAUUGCUUUACACACUUACAUUGUACAUGUUUCCUUACUCUUCUGAGUCAAAGAGGAAGUUCUUGUGUCUUAAGAAUACUGUUGCAUUUAUAAUUACCUGGAGAGCCUAGUCAGUUACGGGCAAGUAAGGCAGAUAACUGUUGGGCUAGUUCUCAUGGGAACUCCCUUUGACACCUUAGGUUAUUGAGUGUGCCUGUAGAACCUGAGCGUCGAUGACCCAAGAGGGAGUGGACAGAUGUAAGAAUAAUUAACUUGACUUUCCUUAUGUCUGUUGUCCCUUAGGGCCUUGCUUUGAUAGGACUGUUAGAGAACAGGUCCAUCACCAUCUCCCCAGGCCAGACCUGCCAUAAAAAGACAUUCUUGGCUGAGGGGUUUAAGUAUUAUUGGAGAAGCCUGGGGUAUGUAGUCAGUAAGUUUGUUGUUGCUUGUUCUCUAAUACUGGCUUCCAGAUAGAACUGGGAGAGGUACUUAUAGGACAUUCAAUACUGCUGUAAAAAUAAAACGACAAAAUUAUAAGACUUGGUUGAAGCCAAGAUGAAAACAUGGAUUGUUCAAGUGACUAAACAGAUAGAAGUAAUUAGUGAGUUAGGUCAUGAGUCCUGUUAAAAGUUAACAUAUUUCUGAGCCAUAGUGUAGGUCAUCUAAAAUAAAAUAACCUGGUGAUAAAAACUGGGAUGUAUACAAAGGGCUUCUAUAUCAUCGAAGCUUUAAUGCUUACAGAGAUUCUUGUUCUCUUUGGCAAACAUUGAUUCUUUAUCUAAAACCCCAUUCAGAACAUGGGAGUUGGAAAAAGUGUUGUUUUUUUUCCCCCUCCUGAUUGUGAGUUUGUUUACGAUAAGUUAAAAACACAAAAACAUUUUAUUGCAAGAAAGUCCAUGAUGUAUGGAUGCAGUACGUAAGACUGCUUGCUGUUUCUAAUAUAGUGGAAUAGUUGAUGCUGUCAGAAAGUUUGAAACUCAGGCAAAAUAGAGAUUGAUCUGUUCCUACUGAAUUAGAGUUUCACAUCUUUUACCAUUGUUUGAAAAAAAUUACUAGAAGUGUACAUAGUUUGUCAGAUUAAUUUUAGUGCAUGGUAGUAUUUGAUGUAGUUGUGUUUUCCUUAAGCAUUUUGAUUUCCUUUGUCAUCAAGUGGAUUUAUGAUUUAUUCCAUAUU